CCGCUCACUCCAGGACGAGGUUUCCUUUGGAGAGGCGUGCACUCGCGUGACACCGAGGGAGGAGAACGUGCUCCGUGUGGGCGAGGAGGACGGGUUGCUGCACGCGCAACUCUUCUUUCUCUCUCUCUCUCUCUCUCUCACCCCCCCACCCCGUUAGCUUCCGGCGCCACUACCGCCAUCGCUCUCCAGCCAGCACCUGGCCCCGCCCCUCGUGCGCGGGGCCGCGCCUCGUGCUGGACAAUAGCGGCGUUGCCGCAGCCGAGUUGUGUGUCCUCCAAAUCAGGCCGGGACUGCCGCAGUUACAAGCAGCCGCCCGGGCCCGCCUGCAAACGACCUGAACUAGCGGCGGGGAUGCCGCCGUCCCGGCUGCGGAGCUGACCGAGGGACUCCGUGAAUUCGAGCCGGGAGAGUGGGGGCUUGAUGUUGGUUUCUUCCGGAUCAUCAUCCUCUCGGGCUGCCUCUCCGCUUCCCCUGCGUGAAGCUCGUCGAGCCUAGCUCGGACGGUUAGGAAGAAGUCGUUUGUAGGCGCUGCCCGGGGUUUGCGUGGGACAGGUGAAAGCGGUGAGCCGGGCCUGCCUUGAUCCCGGAGCCGGGCCUGGCUUGGAUUGGCACCCCAGAAGAAGAGGAGGUGGUGGAGGCGGCGGCGGUGCUGCCCCCGUUUCAAUGGAAGUAUGCUACCAACUGCCGGUGCUGCCUUUGGACAGGCCGGUCCCGCAGCACGUCCUCAGUCGCCGGGGAGCCAUCAGCUUCAGCUCCAGUUCUGCGCUUUUCGGCUGCCCCAACCCCAGACAGCUUUCUCAGAGACGUGGAGCAAUAUCGUACGACAGUUCUGAUCAAACUGCAUUGUACAUUCGCAUGUUAGGAGAUGUACGAGUAAGAAGUCGGGCAGGAUUUGAAAGAGAGAGAAGAGGUUCUCAUCCAUACAUUGAUUUCCGUAUUUUUCACUCAAAUUCUGAAUUUGAAGUUUCUGUGUCUGCAAGAAAUAUCCGAAGGUUACUGAGUUUCCAGCGGUACUUGAGAUCUUCCCGUUUCUUCCGUGGUAUUACUCUUCCAAAUUCUUCAAACAUUUUAGACGAUGAUUACAAUGGACAAGCUAAGUGUAUGCUAGAAAAAGUUGGGAACUGGAAUUUUGAUAUCUUCCUUUUUGACAGGCUAACAAACGGAAACAGUUUGGUGACAUUAACUUUUCACCUGUUUAAUCUUCAUGGACUUAUAGAAUACUUCCAACUAGAUACAAUGAAGCUGCGCAGAUUUUUAGUAAUGGUUCAAGAAGAUUAUCACAGCCACAACCCAUACCACAAUGCAGUUCAUGCUGCUGAUGUGACUCAGGCCAUGCACUGUUAUUUAAACGAACCCAAGCUUUUCCAAUCUCUAACUCCAUGGGAUAUUCUGCUCAGUUUAAUUGCAGCUGCCACUCAUGAUUUGGAUCAUCCAGGUGUUAAUCAGCCUUUUCUUAUUAAAACAAACCAUUAUUUAGCAACUUUAUACAAGAAUACCUCAGUAUUAGAAAAUCACCACUGGCGAUCUGCAGUGGGGUUAUUGAGAGAGUCUGGAUUAUUUGCACAUAUGUCACUAGAAAGCAGGCAGCUGAUGGAAAGCCAAAUAGGGGCAUUGAUUCUCGCCACUGAUAUUAGCCGUCAGAAUGAAUAUCUAUCCCUGUUUCGUACCCAUUUGGACAAAGAAGACUUAUGCUUAUUAGAGGAAGAUCAUCGGCAUCUUGUCCUUCAGAUGGCAUUGAAAUGUGCUGAUAUUUGUAAUCCCUGUCGGACCUGGGAGCUAAGCAAACAGUGGAGUGAAAAAGUAACUGAAGAAUUUUUCAAUCAAGGAGACAUUGAGAAAAAAUACUGCUUAGGUGUGAGUCCACUAUGUGAUCGACAGACAGAAACAGUUGCCAACAUCCAGAUUGGUUUCAUGACCUAUUUGGUGGAACCAUUAUUUGCAGAAUGGGCUCGUUUUUCAAACACCAAGUUGUCUCAAACUAUGCUUGGCCACAUGGGACUGAAUAAAGCUAGUUGGAAAGGUAUUCAGAGAGAACAAUCUAGCAGCGGUGAUGAUACUGAUGCUGCAUGUGAGGAAACAGACUCUGAUGUAGUACCUCAGGAACACCAAUUAUCCUGACCUCAGGAUCUGCUUAACAAACUGCUCUUCCUUGGUACCUACAGACCAGUGUUGGAGGAUAAAUUCUGUCUUGACUGCCAAGGUUUCAGUGUAAACAAUGCCAGCAUUAUUUAUUUCCAAUUGUUUCCUUUGAGAAAUCAUUUGAAACUGGUUUUCAGUUACAAGACCUGAAUACAGAGCAAUAUGCAUAUGCCUCGGUUGGCUUCUGCAUGGAACCUUGAAUAUGCAACCCUGAGAAAGAAUACAAGUCUUGACAGGGAAAGUUCAAGAUUUGUUAUGUAUGUGCCACAUUAUUUGGUUUUUUUAAAAGGAGAUUUGACAUAAGGCCUUCAAAACUGCCACAUGACAUGGAUGAUUCUCUCUUCCUGGAAUUUAGCAGGACUCCAUUCUAUCCUUGUCCAAAACGUGGAAAUGUGAAGUGCCCAUACUUGGCUGCCUUGGGCAAGAACUGAUGUUUACACACAGACUUUGAAACUGUAGAUUCAAAAAUAACCUUUCUGCAUGGCUGUGAAAGAACCACUGUUUUUUUUUUAAAUUAUCAAAUCUGAAACUGCAGCUCAUUUUUCUCUUAGUAAGAGAAGUCCGCCGUGGGUUACAAAUUUGGCUGUGCAUUAGGAAUGGAACAUUUAACAUAAAGCACAGCCAUGUUUUACUCCAGAGUAUUGGAAUGCAAUAUAGCAAGCAGAAAUACUUCUGAAUUUGGGGAAGGGAGGUGGGAUGGAGGAGAGGAUGAUCUUCAAAUUAUGUUAAGAUUCUAUGGUGAAAACAUUUGCAUGUUGUUUUUGCUAUUGUACACUUGAACUGCACAUGCAACAAAAAAGGUGGAAUGACUACCAGAAACAGCUCAGGGUAUUGCCAGUCUGAAAUAAAGUGGGAUGGAAAGCAUGUCCUUCAUAACAAGGGUACAAAAUGCCCCUUACGCUGCAGAGUGAGAGUGUGUGUGUGUGAAUGUGAGACUGAAUGAGUGAGUGAGAGAGAGAGAGAGAGAAUAUGAGUGCUUGGGAUUGGGGAAAAGGGAAAAUGGAAAGGAGUCAAAAGGCAUUUUUUAAUUUAUUCUUUUUAGAAUGUGAUAUUUUCAUGAGCAGCCAUGGGGGGAGGGGAACUGAUAGGUUGUUACAGCUGCCUUAAACUAUGCACAAAGCUAAGUGACCAAAUUUUGUUGAUUGAAAAAGUGCAUUGUUUACUUAUUCCCUCCCUCUACUGAAAUGUUACCCAUCCUGGGUUUUUUUGAUGUGAAAAGAAGAAAUGUUUUUAAGGACAAAUUUUAAGGACUAAUUUUUAAUCUUCAAGCAUUCCUUUUUUUGUAAGUUUUAAGUUUCAAGUACUGUAAGCACAACUGUAAUCUAUUUUGAGAAACUGGUGCUUUAAUUUUGUUCAUUUGUAUUUUCCUUGUUUUUACUGUAAAGACUGUUUUGUUCUGUUUACAAUUUGCAACAGCCAUUUUUGGGAGAGAGCUUCAGUGUAAAGCCAUUUCUUAAAGGCUUUGCCAUCCUCAUGUUAAUGUGCCUGUUGCUGUUAAUCUUUGAUUAAUAAUAAAAACUUUUCACAUUAUCUGGAGUCUAGUUUGAAAGGUGCAGAAAUAAUCAAGAUCACGUUAAUCAGAGAAUUUCUUUCUUAGUGGCUUUGACUCUUAAGAGCUUCUUGUUUUGUAGAUGUUUUCUUUGUGGUGCCUACACAGCAAAUAUGCAGCACUUGAACCAAACUGUUCAAGGAAAAUCUUUAGUGGGAAGCAUAUCCUAGGGCCCAAAUUCCUAGUUGUGGGUUCAGUUAUCACUUCAGUCUCUUUUCCACUACAGAAUCUGUGCCAGGAGCCUUUUCUCUUAUCAACUCAGGUACACUAUAGGUGUUUCAGGGAUAGGAAUAUGAGAGGGGAAGAUCCGGUUCUAUGCCAUCAUUAGCCAUGAAAGCUUACUAGGUGAUUUUGGGACAGUCACUCUUCAUCAGCCCAAACUUUGAGGAUUGCUGUUAUGGAAAACUAAGAAGCCUUGUAUUGUAACAAGUCAUAACCCUAUAAAAACCUACCAGUAGUUUGCCUUGAGGGUUUUUUUCUCUCUUCAUUUUUCAUUAUUUCUUAGUUUGCUUUUCUAAUCACAAAUUAAUUUCUCUGGUAUCUUUGUAGUUAUCGACUUUGAUUAGAAGGCGAGACUAUAGUGCUCAUUUGGUAAUUAUAUGGCCUUUUCUUGGGGAACCUAACACUAAGGUUGUGAAAUAACCUUUUUUGCAAAUAUAUUAAUAUGGUGGCCAAAUCCUAUCCCUGAUGGGUGUUCCUUGUCUCUCAUAUCCCUUAGGAAAUGGUACAUUGGCAUUGUUUGCCUACAAAUCAGGCCCAUCAAAGCUGAGGAUUUUAAGACUGCUGCUAGUAUGGGAACUCUGAAUUGCAGGGUCAUUGUUCUCUUCAUCUGAUCCAGACAUACAGUAGAUAUACAAAAUUAAAAAAAAAAACAUUUGCUAUUAACCGCUGUGGUUCCACUUAGUUUCUUCAGUUCCAAACGAUUUAUGAAACUUUGCACUGGGCACAAAAAUCUGGUUAGAAAGAAGGGAUAAAAGCAGCUUCCACUCUAUUCGGUGGGUUCAACUUGGGAGUGCCCCAUAAUUUCUAUUGAUUGAAAUGCAGCGAUCUUUUAUUCUCCUCUGCUCGUCAUUAAGUAGACUGCUAAAAUUUUGUGCUUUGCCUGGUCUUUGAAAAAGAACUUCAAGACUCCUCAAUUGCAUGUAGAUGAUGUCUAAAACCUCCUUUCUGUUCUUCAGAUUUUCACUCUUGGCACUGUUUUAAUUUGCACAACCUUUUGGCAGAUUCCAAAUCUUGUGACCAUAGCUUUCUACUAUGACUGCUAUCUCAUUAGCAACUGCCUCCUUUCUGGUGUUCCUGGGGAACUUAUUUUCUUCAGUCUUAGUGUUUCUGAUUUCACUCUGAGACCUGCUAACAGUCAUGACACAAUUAUGAUUCUUCCAAGUUGUAUCAGCCAUCUGAGACAGUACAGAAAAUGUCUGGCCCACUUGUGGUCUUGAGCAAAACCUCAGCACUACUCAGCAAUCUUUAUGUGGAUUUCAUUCCAGUCUUUUAAUGUAAUUUGUCCCUUUCUUUGCUGUUGUAUGAUACUAAUGGUACCAUCUCUAUAGUGCAGGAUCUUUUAGAGACACAUCAUCUAUCCUGUCUUUUGAAUACAUCAAAUUAAUUAUCAACCAUAAUUGGAUAAAUCUGCUUCAGAAACCACAUUUUCCCUGCUUCCAGUUAUCUAGGGUAUGGCCAUUCUUUCUCUGAAUAAAAUGCACUUCAUG